AUGCUCCUGUCGCGCACAGCUUUCCGCGCCGCCAUUCUUCACUUAAGUCUCAACCCAGCUCUAAUACGCGCCGCAACCCCUGCCGCCUUUACCCUGCACACUCCGGCGCAUCUUGGCCAGACACUGAGCUCCCGCCUAUACACCGUCCUCUUCCCUCAGUGCACGCCACUCAAUAAGUUCACCGAAUCACACACUCAAAUACGCACAAUGGCUUCAGAAUCGAACUCCACGCCCGAGUCCGCUGCUCAGUCACAAGGACCGAACGAGUCCCAGCCUCAAGAAGCGCAACAAUCUCAGGAGCGUCUCGCCCUCCCACCCAGCGACUCCUCCGGCCCAAAGCUUGACCUCAGCGAAGGCGGCUCAUCUGUGACGCUUGACCACUUGGGCCCCAUGGUCGUCAAUGUUGAUGGAACACUGUCGCGUAUUAGCAACUGGGAGGAGAUGGCCGAGAUUGAGCGCAAAAACACUCUUCGCAUCAUCGGCAAGCGGAAUAAGCAGCGUUUGGAGGCUUUGAAGGCUGCGCGGGGCGAGGAAUAG